AUGGGAGGCCUCCGUUUUAUGUCAGCGCAGGCUGUGGGCAUAUUGGUGCUCGUCGUUGUCAUGCUCGUUACCGGCUCCGUCAAUACCCUUUCCAAGAAAUGGCAGAACCAGCAAACGAGCCACGGCCUCUCCGGCGAGGACAAGCCGUUCUCCUUCCCCUGGACACAGACGCUGUUCAUGUUUGCCGGCGAGGCGCUGUGUGCGAUCGUCUACGUCUUGAUGCGGGUCUAUCAGACGAAGUGCCGACCUGCAGGCUACGAAAACCGGUAUCAGCGCAUCUCCAUCGAGGAGAAGGACGAAGAUGACGACGACCACAAGCACAACCCGAGCCGCCUGGCCAUCAACGUCACCACCGCCGAUGAUGAGCCCGCUCCAGCGCAGCAAGACCCCUGGUAUGCGCCGUUCUACUUUCUCCUGACGUGCUGCUUCGACGUUAUUGGCACCACGCUGGGCGGCAUCGGUUUGCUCUACACCUACGCCAGCGUGUUCCAAAUGCUGCGAGGCAGCAUUAUCGUCUUCUCUGGCAUCCUCUCCGUGCUCUUCCUCAAACGGAAGCUCUACUUCUACAACUGGUUGGGGAUCACCAUCACCACGGUGGGACUCGCGUGCGUGGGCAUCGCCUCCGUCAUUUCCGACUCAGGCGGCAGGGACAUCAAGGAAGUGAUCCUGGGCGAUGUUUUGAUCAUUUUGGGACAGCUCUCCAACGCCAUUCAGAUGAUCAUCGAAGAGAUCUUCCUCAAGAGGCAAAAUUACCACGCCCUGGUGGUGGUCGGCGGUGAGGGUCUGUGGGGCGUGCUCCUGAUGGCCGUGGCGGUGCUGCCCAUCUGCUACCUCAUUCCCGGCUCCGAUGGCGGAAGCUACGAGAACGCUGUGGACGGAUUUGUGAUGAUCGGGAACAACAUGACCCUACUGGGCCUCGUACUCCUCUACUGGCUCUCCAUCGCCUUCUACAAUUUCACCUCCCUCUCCGUGGCCAAGAGCCUGACCACCGUGCACCGAACGUUCAUCGACGCCUGCCGAACGCUAUGCGUGUGGGGCAUUCAGCUGGUCAUCUACUACGCUUUCAACCACACCUCGCUCGGCGAAGGGUGGGGUCACUACUCCUACAUCCAGCUCAUCGGGUUCGUGCUGCUCAUCAGCGGCACCCUCGUCUACAACUCUGUCGUCAAGCUCCCGUUCCUCUACUACCCCACCAAGGAGGACAGGCACUGA